AUGCGGCUUACAUUUGCGGUUUUGUUGGUGGCAACACUGGUGUAUGCCCAAUAUCCACGCCCGCGUCGACCAGAAAGAUUCGACACAGCGGAACAAAUUUCAAAUUAUUUGAAGGAACUGCAAGAAUAUUAUUCUGUGCAUGGACGAGGGCGAUACGGCAAACGACAAAUGCACAUAUCUGACGCAUCUGUCAUCUUCAAGGAGAUUCCGUUCUUUGACGAGGAUUUAUUCAAAAAACUGGGUUACAAGAAAUAA